AUGUUAUUUAAAUUGAUAUUGAUUAUUUUAUUUGAAAAUAUUGUAUGGAGUCUUAAAUGUAAAACAGCAUGGCCAUCAAAUUGUCAUUAUAAUUCAACAUGUAAAUAUGAUAUAAAAGAAUGUCAUUCAUCAGAAUUGUCAUCGAAUAUUCGUGGUGGAGUUUAUUGUACAACAAUUGUAAAUACUGAAGAUGAUAUUAAGGUUGGUAAAAUGGAUUGUAUGUAUGAUCAAGAAACAAGUAAAACAUGUAAAAAUCAAACAAAAUGUAUUAUGAAAUAUACUAAUAAAGAUAAAUUAUUUUUACAUUGUUGUUGUGACAAAGAUUAUUGUAAUCAGAAUAUUAUUAUGUAA